AUGGAGUUUGAGCACGAAGAAGAAUUAUUAGAACCUGUGAGUCCUACUGGACAAUACAUGAGAAGCUCGGCCUUAUCGCUCAGUAUCAUUGGUGUAAUGGAGCUGGAAAUUCCAAUGGCCGAAUCCAUUGCCAUUCAGCUAGUUAAGGAUCUCUUCUUACCCAUCAACCCGCGCUUCUCCUCCAUCAUGAAACUGAUUGCAGGAGAGGAUGGACAGAAGAAAUGGAAAAGGGUAGAAGUGAAUAUCAACGAGCAUGUGAACUUUCCAAAAUUUCCACAAGGAAUGUCACCAGAUUAUUAUGAUGAUUGUCUCUCAAACUAUUUGUCAAAGCUAGGAAUGGAGGAUUUUCCACCAGAGCGUCCAUUGUGGGAAAUUCAUGUAAUGAAUUAUCCAACAACAAAUGCGGCAAGCAAUAUUGUAUUUAAGCUUCAUCAUGCACUUGGAGAUGGAUAUUCCUUCGUGGGAGCUCUUCUUUCUUGUCUAAAAAGAUCGGACAAUCCUUCCCUGCCGUUGACAUUCCCUUCACUUCAGUCUAAGACAAAGUUCAACACUGCCAGCACAACUUUUUUGCCUGAUGUACUCUCAAGGGCCUUCAAUACGAUUUACUAUUUUGGAUAUGGUGUUCUGAAAGGCUUCUUGUUACGAGAUGAUCACUCUUCAAUUCGAUCAGAUGACGAAGGGGUGCUGUUUCGACCGUUGACUAUGACCACUAUGGAAUUUUCCCUUGAUCAAUUCAAACAAAUCAAGGCCAAACUUCGAGUGGUAAAUCUUGGAGUCAUUUACUGA